ACUUCAAACAUCUUUGACCCAUUCCUAUCAGACUAAUGUUGUAUAGACAGUUGUCUGUCAUAGUCCUUACAAGGUAUAGCGUAGUUCGGUUAGUAUAUUAUAAAAUAUUUAUUAUUGUGAUGUACCUAUCCUGUGUGCUGAGUGUUUGAGUUAAUGUAGAAUAUUGGCUAUUUGGAGUUCAUUAACGUCGGACGUGAGCAAGAGUAUUUCUAAAUUAAUAUACUUAUAAUAUAUUUUAUAUUCUGUUAUAGAUUAUAAUCGAAUACAAUUAAUCUGUUACCAAAUCAUCAUCAUGAGAUCAAUAUUGCUUAAAAGCCAUUUAAAGGUAUGUAAUGCACACAUAUUAUACGUCCUAUAAUACAAUGCAGUACCUUCCUAAGUACCUACAUAAAUAUUAAAUUAAAUAUAAACAAUGUUUAUGCAUAUUUUAUUAAUACAAUAAUAAAGUAAAAAACAAAAUUAUUAAAAUGAUUAUUGCUCGUAAAUAAAUAAAUAAAUAAUAAAAUGGGUAUAUUGUACAUAAUAACUAUAGUUUAUUUUUAUAGGUAAGUAGUAAACUUCACACAAAUUCGAAACAUAUAACAUGUUUGUAGCAGAAUAAUAUAUUAAUAACACACUAAUGUAACUUAUAUUAUACAUUAUAGCUGAUUAUGUCUAAUACCCAAGUGCACAAUAUACAAGUGCCCCUCAAGAUUCGACAAGUAUAAUAACAUUUGUUCUGAAAUUUUGUAUAUAAAAAUUACUCAAAUCUUGCACUGUAAUUCCUCUAAUUUAUAAUUUUCUUGAAUACAAAUUUGUAUUUACAAAAUUAAAGAUACGUGUUUUAUUAUAAAGAAAUAUUUUGAAACAAAAUGUUCAUAUUACAAAUAGUUACUAAUGAUGGAUCAUUAAGUUUUAUUAAAAAAAAAAAUAUAUACAUUAAACAAAACAAAACUUAUUGCAUUUUUCGAAUUUUCGUCGGACCCUGUGUAAUAGCUCAUGAGACGUAUUUAAAGUGGCAUGAGUGAUCGUCCAUCAGCAUUUUUUGGGGGGGAUUGCAAUUUUAAAAACAUUUUUCUACUCAUUGCUUAACCAUUAACUGAAGUCAAUUAAAAAUGCCCCAAAAAUAUAAUUUAAUUUUAUAGUAAUUUUCUUAGAAAUUAAAAAAGGUAAUUAUUGUCAUAAAAAUUCAUAUUGUUCAAUAAAUUAAAAUGAAUUCAAUUAUCAAAUAUUAAUAUUUAUUUGUGGGGGGGCGCCAAAUAAAAAUAUUAUCCGGUUUCCUAAAAUCUGAAUACGUUAUUGAUAACGAAGCCCCAAAUAUUACGUUAUAUAUUAUAAUGAUAGAUACAAAAACGAUUGCGUGGUACCUAUACGUAUUUAGGCAACUAAAUACUUAAUAUGUAUAUAUGUAUUUGUAUGUCAUAUAAAUCAUAUAAUAUACCUAGUCAUAUAUUAUGUAUUUUGAAAUAAAUAAUAUGAAAAUUAGUAAAAUGUUAUUUUCGAUGUUAUUAUUAGUUUUAUGUUUUGUCAAUUAUAUAAUAUAUUACAGAAUUAUGAAAUCAUUACUCCUAAAUCCAGUUUACACACACCACUUCAAACAGGUUUCGCCACUAUCAAUCUUUUACUUUAAGUCGUAAAUCAUACUCAGCCAUCAAUCAUCGUUUCUCAAUCUUUUGAUUGAUUUCGUUUCAAUUUCGUACUUUGUUCUUUUUGAUCUAUAAACUUUACCAGUACCCCAUGGCUCCUGCACGUCUAAAGUUGUAGAUUUUUUUUUCGUAUACCUAACUAUUAUUUGGUAUUAUUUUUCAUUUUUAGUCACACUCAUUAAAACUGAACCAUAUAUAAUUAUUCUCAAAACUUAUCUAGAUAAAAGAAAGUCUGUGGGAGUGAUGAUAAAGAAAACGAUAAAAUAAAAACGUAGUGAUAAUAUGUUGAAAAAUAAAUAUUUAUCUAAAAUUUAAUUAUUAAUGUAUAAUAAUCUUGUUAAAAAAUAAAAAUCAAUACAAUAAUUCAGUAAAGAAAUAAAAUUAUUAGAAUUCGUAAAUGUUCAAAAUAAAUAAAUAGAAAAUACAAUUUUAGAAAGCUGAUUUUUUGUGAAUCUAAACGAUAAUUGUAGUAUUUUAGGAUUUGAAUUUUUAGGAUUCUAACAUGAAUAAAUAAACGAUAUCAAUCGAAAAUAUGGAGUGUUAAACCGCCGUUCCCCGAAAUGUUUAAAUAUUUGGGCUAUUUUCACUUACCUAUACCUACAGUUAUACAUAUAAGCAGUACUAGACCAUCUUGGCAAGUGAGGCACACAAUAUUUUAAGUAAAUUAUUAACACUAUUUUGUCCAAAUUGUCAUGCUAGUUAAACUAUUUAAAAGAAUGUUUUCUUUUUAACUUAAAUUGGUAUAUUUUGUUACUUCUACUUAGGAAUUUUAAAAGUUUAAAUUUUCGUUAUUUAAUUUAUCGUACACUUUAUUUGGGUACAUACUAUAGGUAUUUUACACGAUUUCAAGACUCCAUGUAACGCUCAGCUAGCUUUAAUUUUUUUAGAGCUGUGUUUCCUAUCCUAUGGUAUAUAGUUCACGAGACAUCAUGUGGUGUUCCGCGGAAAUAUAUCUACACAUUUUUUAAAAACAGUAUCGACGUAAAGCGAUAAAAAAAAACACACUUCACAUAAUGGGGUGGUCACUGUUGUAUAGGUGAAAAGUUGUAAAGGUAGGAUAUAGAGGGAAAUUUAAUGUAUUUUUUUAUACAUGUUUUGAAAGGCUAUAAUAUUUACGAUUUUUGUCAAAAUUUAAUAUUAAAAUUUGUAUAGAAAAUAAUUAUACAUAACAAUAAUAAUUUUAUCCACGAGUAACCUAGUACCUAUCGAAUAAAAAUUACAUAAAAAACUCGCAAAACUAAAAUGUCUAAUAGCUCAAAAUGGCUAAAAUGUUUUGAAAAUUUUACUACUUCUAGAAAAAACAAACAUGAAUUUUCGAUUCAAAUUUCAAGACUACGAAUAUUUUUAAUUGAAUCACAAAAAAACAAAUUUAAAAAUAAUACAUUUCAUCAUUUUUCUCAUUUUUCCUAAUUAUUAUAAAAACCGCUUGGAAAAUCAAAAAAAUAGCUCUUUAAAGUACCACCCGUGCAAAAUUUCUGACAGUAAAGUUGUUCACUGAAAAAAAAUAAACACCAAUUGCUCCGCUCAGAAUUUAAAAGUACCUAUAACGGGCAUCAAGUAUAAUAUGUAUAAUAAUAUCUUUAAUCGUGAUACUUACCGAUUAGUUAUUUCGAUAACAAUUUGAACUAGGACCAGACCUCUGACAUAUUAAGGUAUAUAAAAUGUAAUUAUGUUAAUGUAUAGGGGAGCAACAAUGAAUCCGCAGGAGGAGCAGUUGCAUACUAUGCCCCCCUCUCCCGUAGUACCACCUAUAGUUUUAUAUAUUGUACUAUUAAAUAAAAUCAUAUACUAACUUGUUAAAAAAAAAGGUCGUCAACCAGCAUAUAAUUAUUAUUAUACCCAUUACUACAAGAGGUAUAUAAAACACACUAAGGUAUAUUGUUAACACAGCAAAUAGGUAUUUAAUAAAAACAAAUAGAAAGGUUUAUUAAAAACAAUUAGUGAUAAACCUUCAUUAAUUUUAAUAAAUGAUAAUAUUUUUAUGUUCCUAUUUAUUCAUUAAAAUACAAUGAUGGAUUGUGUUUAUAUGAAAUAAUCAUCCUCAUUAGCUGAUGAUUUCAAAUAUCUGUGGUAGCUGGUAAGUACAACACGCAUCAGUGCAUCAUAAUAAAUGAAUAUUGGAUAAUCAUUAAUUACUAUACUCUAUUCACCGAAGCAUUAUUAGUCAUUAAGCAUUAUUUUAAUAAUCCUAUAGGUUAGAUUAGCCUAAGACUACGGUGGCGUAUUUAAAGGUAGAUUAAAGAAAUAUAUCAUCCCCCCCGCUUUUAGAUAUCCAUUAGGCAUUAGGUAUUUAUAUGACUAGGUAUACAUACAUAUUUUAUUGGUUUUACAAUGAUGUAAUGAGGAAAUUUGGGUGGUAUUCAAGUUAUAGCGUCUCCAAUAAAAUAUCGAUUCAUUUACAUACAUGCGUUUACCUAUAUUAUAUAAAGAUUAACAAUUAUUGAGUUAUUAAUUGUAUAAUUUGUCGGCAAAUACGAACAUAAACGUAUAAAAGGAAUCCCGGCCCGUGUCGUCUACGAGCGACUAUAAUACGGUACCUACAAUCUACACUCGCUCCCCCAUGUUUAACGUCUUCAUUCCCCGAUAGGUUAGAUUAGGCUUCACUUCCUUUGAAAUCCUCCCUUUCUAAAAAAAAAAAAAAAAAUCGGUGUUUAGAUAUUUUUCGUAUGAAAAUCAUAAAUAUUACUGAAAAAAAAUGUCACAACAGAACACUUUUGGUCCGUUCAAGUUGAUUCAAUACUGACACAGUCAAAACCAAAAAGGAAUAUGGGUAAAAAAAAUAAUAAAAAUUGGCACGGACAACGCCUCAGGACAGCUAGUUAUAUUAUAAAUAUUUUAAAUUAUUGGCGUUUGUUUGAACAAAUUAAUGAAUAAUACUAUGUAAGAACGAUUUAAUAAAUAUAACAAAAUAAAUGUACUGGAUCAAUAUAUACCUACCUAGUUUAGUUAAUAUUUUAAUAAAUGUAGAUACUUAUAGGUUCUUACAAAUACAAUAUAUAUACUCUAUAAUUUUAAUUAUUUAUAUUAAAUUAAUAAUUUAGUAAUAUAAUGGGUUUCAAAGAAAAUGAAAACUUGUACUUCUGAUUAUAACUACGCUACAAAAGGUAUCUAUAGGUAAUAGGGACAAAGUGCAACUAAUUCCUUCAUUAUACGUUUCAGGCUUACGUUUAAAUAUGUCGGUGAAAAUACUUAAUAGGUACCUACAAAAGGUACAAUGUAAAUCACUUAAAAGUAUUUCAAUAUGUUAUUUUCCUCAUUCUAAAACUAUUUUAUGGGCUUAUAAAAAUAUGGGCGGGUGCUUUUUAAUAAAAAGAUUGAUUAAUAACUACAAUGAUUUUAUCUGACUAUGAUGUUAAAUAAAAAUAAAAACACAUUUUUUUCUGCGUUGUUGUAUUUAUAGGUAGGUUACAUAGGUACACGAGUCUUUUUGUUUUCAGUAUUUAUGAAACCGUUUAAGCUUUGUUUUAACACUAUUUUCAAAUAUUUACCUCAACUCUUUAUACGUUAAAAAUUAAAUGUGCAAUGAGUUGGUAUAUAUUUAGGAUUUCAAAUUAUCUUCCCCCAUUUAAUCACAGAUUUGAAUAAAUAAAACUAAAUUUAAAAAUAAAACUUAAAAUCCUCCGAGAAAAUCACUGUAUCUGAUAAAAUAAUCACCUUGUAUAUAGGUAGCUUGUUUUAAAAUAAUUAUACCUUACGAUUGUCAAAUUUUAGACAUUUGUCUGGAAGAGGUACCUACUGAAAAAUCAUAUAUACCUAUUUCAAAAGUAUCCAUUAAAAUAUGUUUAUUUUUAGAUGACAUUUUAUUAAAAUUAUAUCGGUGUCUGGAGAGGACCCUUAGACUCCCCUCCCACCCAUAAAUUCGCCACUGGUAGGUACUGUAAGUUAGUGCAAUAGUGUUUAUUUUACUAAUUUACUAAUUAGGUACUUAGUUACAAGUAUAGGUUAUUAAUAUGUAGAAUAAUACUAUAUAGUGUACAUGAAACAUAAUAAUAUAGUAAGUAUUUACUAAAUUUUAUAAAUGAACUUUGUAGACAUGUUUAUUCGUGAAUGGACUAAAUAAUUUUAACGCGUAUAGUAACAGUGCGCUAAGGAAGAACCAUACUUCUCAAGGACCAUUGACUAUUUUGAGUGAAGAUGAACAGUUUUUCAAAGAAACAGGUUUGGUUUUGCCUUAUUGUCUUAUAUUCCCUAUUAUUAUUAUAAUAAUUAUCUUGUUGACAGUAAUUUAAUGUUUAUUACAAUAAAUUAUUGUAAUACAUAAAAAUAAUAAUUUUAGUAUUUAGUGUUUAAUAUCUAUUUAAAUAUCUAAUAACUACAUAUUCACAAUUCAAUAAAACACUAAAAAUCAAAAAAUAUUUUAAAUACUAUUUAUUAUAAUUUAAAUUAUAGUUCGGAAAUUUUCACAAGAGCAAAUUACACCAUUAAUAAAGAAAAUGGACAAAGAACAUAAAAUUGACAAUGAACUCGUAAAGAAGCUAUUUGAAAAUGGCGUAAAUAUUAGAUUGCUAACUAUGUACAAUUCUCAGUGUAUAGAAAUUAUAAAUCGUUUUGUAAAAUUGUCUAGUUCAUGGCUAUUGAAAUAGACCCAGAAUAUGGUGGAUCUGGAUCAUCCUUUAUGUCUAGUACAUUAACAGUUGAAGAAAUAGCAAAAGUUGAUCCUUCGGUUUCAGUAUUAGUUGAUUUGCAAAAUACUCUUGGAAAUAAUGUUCUCACAAAGAAAGGUAAUGAAGAACAAAAGGUAAAGUACUUACCACGGCUAGCACAAGACACUGUAAGUAUAAUAAUAUAGCAUUUAUUGUUAAUUAAAUACAAUUCACACAAAAAUAAAUUAUAUUAUGAUUUUUAACUCAUGUUUGGUGUGUCCUUUUUUUUUUUGUCUGCAAACAACUUUUUUACCAUCAAACCUUGCUCCAAUCAUCAACAUCAAGGUUAACUUUUGCUUACACAUUUUAUCUAGUUGACGGAGUAGCUUGAGAGGUCAUUUUUUAAUAAUAUAUAACAAUUUUUGUUUUUUGAUGUAAGAGGGUAAUUUCUUUUUCCUUAUACUUUUUCCUCUCAACUUAUUUUUCUUUCAUAUUUUCAACUGAAUUUAAUUAUAAAUAAUAGUAUAGAUCUGACAUUUUUAAAUAUUUUUAUGUAUGUACUGUGAAUAAAUAUAAAAUAUAAAUAAACAAAUAUAUAGCUAGGUUGGAAAUUUAAUCUUUUCUUUUCAUACAAAUUUUAUUACCAAUUAAGAGAAUAUAAUAAAGAUUAUAUAAAUGUACCUUAUUAUUAUUAUUAAUAAAUAUACUAAAUUUUUAUUUGUUUAUUAUGACUAUUUUAUAUAAUAUUGUUACUGUUUUUAGGUAAGUAGUUUUUGUUUGUCUGAACCGUCAUCAGGGUCUGAUGCAUUUGCUUUAAAAACCGUGGCAAAAAAAGAUGGUGAUCACUAUUAUAUAAACGGAACAAAGAUGUGGAUAUCUAAUUCUGAUAUUGCUGGCAUUUUUUAUGUUUUUGCUAACACAGAUCCUUCCCAGGUUAAUAUUAACUUCAUUUAAUCUGUGUUUAACUAGUGUGUUCUUUGCAUGUAGGUAAUGUAUAUUCAUCAUUGUGUUGAUUUAUGGACUUGUGGCUUUAUUAGAAUUAGUAUUUACUCUGGUAUUCAAUUGAUUUGAAUAAGAUAUAACUAUGUAUAUAUACCUAGACCUUCUAAUAUGAUUUUAGGGCCACAAAGGUGUAACUUGCUUUAUAGUAGAACGAGAACAAGAAGGAUUUUCAAUUGCUAAGAAAGAGGAUAAACUAGGCAUGAAAGCUUCUGGAACUUGUGUUCUUCAUUUUGAUAAUGUUAAAGUUAGUAUGAUUAUUUUUACAUAAUUUAUUAAUUUUUUCUUUAAUUCAUUAAAUUAUAUUAUCUACAUACCUAUGCUUUAGGUACACAAAGACAAUAUUGUUGGUAAAAUUGGCGAAGGUUAUAAAAUUGCCAUAACUUUCCUGAAUGAAGGAAGGAUAGGAAUUGGCGCACAAAUGGUUGGUAUAGCUCAAGGGUGUUUAGACCAUACAAUACCAUAUACAUUAGAAAGAAAACAAUUUGGUACCAGUAUUUUUGAUUUCCAAGCAAGUUUAAAAAUUUAAAAAAAUAAUUUUCCCUUAGUUUGAUACUUAUAAUAAUAAUAUUAAUUAUUAAUUUUUAGUCCAUGCAACAUCAAAUAGCUCGAGCAGUAACUGAAGUCGAAACUGCUAGGUUAUUAGUGUACAACACUGCAAGAUUAGUAGAUGCUGGCUUACCAUUUAUUAAAGAAGCUGCAAUGGCUAAGUAUUAUGCUUCAGGUAAAAUACACAAUUUUUAAACAUUUAAAUACUAGGUACAAUAGGUAUUGUUUACAUAUUAUCAAGGUUUGUAGGAUUCAUGUUUAAGGCCCCCAUUCCUAAGUUAAUUAAGUCAUUGUAUAUGUGUAUAUCAAAUAGGUAUUCUAUUAGUUGAAUUAAUAAUUUCACCUUUAUGUAAUUUUCUUUUUUUAUAACUUUUUAAGAGUAAAUAAGAUUAUCAUAUUUAUUUGCUCCCUUUAGGUUACUAAACAUAAGUUUUAAUAAGCACCUUACAUUUACGUUUUGUUCAUUCACCGUUACUGGUAUCUUCAUAGAUAUGGGUGUUGGCAGUGGCGUAUUUAGUUAUUAUCAUACAUAGGCUAGUAUUUUUACCAUUCCUUAUAAAUUGUUAAGUAUUUCUGUUUGACCAAAUAAUUUUAUCCAAAAAUACUAAAUAAAAAUGGCAAAUGCUACAAACAACUUAAGCGGCAUCAAAAUGUUUUGAAAAUUUGACCACGUCUAGAAAAAGCUAAUAUUAGUAUAUUAGUUACUCAGCAAAAAUUGUAGGUCUCAUAAAUUACAAAAAAAAAAAAAUCUAAAUCUAAAAUAAUGAAACCUUUAAUGCUGUACUUUCUUUUUGUUUUCAAAUUAAAAAUACUAAUAGGAAAAAUCAAAAUAUAACUUCCCUAUACUCCAACUAAAUCUAAAGUACUACAAAAAAGUUUAUGAGCAAUUUUUUGAUUGGAGCAUGAUUACUGGUAGUUGUUGACAGAAAAAUAAACUCACAGUAGAAUCAAUAAAUUUCUUGCUGCGAUCAGAAUAUAAAAAACUUAAAAUUAAGUUUUAUCAAGUAAUCUAACGCACAGGGAAAUGCAUAAGUUAUUAUAAUUUAGAAAUAAUUAAAUCAAGUAUCAACAAUUUAUAAAUGUAUUCAGUUUUAUAUUCAAUUAAAAUCAGAAGUUUAAACAAUGCUACAAUGAUAUAAUGCAAACUUAAUAUAAUUUUAUAAACUUUUAACUAUAAAAAAUUAUAAAUUAAACUAAAAAAUAUAAAUUAAAAUUUUAAUUUUUGCAGAAGUUGCAGGUAAAGUCACAUCCAUAUGCAUUGACUGGAUGGGUGGAGUUGGUUUCACUACAGACUUUCCACAGGAAAAAUUCUACAGAGACUGUAAAGUUGGCCCAAUAUAUGAAGGAACAACAAAUAUACAGCUAAACACUAUUGCCAAAUUUAUUAGAAAAGAAUAUGAAAAAUAAUUAAUUUUGUAAUAUAAUAUUAAUUAUUAACCAGAUAUGAUACAAAUGCGAAUUUCAUACAUUUUAGUAAUAAAGAUUUAUUAACAAAAUGUCCAAUAAACAGUACUUAAAUAUGUUUUAAGAAUAUAGCAAAUUAGACUUUAUAAUAAUAUAAAAUGUUAUGAGUUAAUGACUUAGUGUUACCGAGUAUUAUAUAAAUUAAAUGUCAGAUGUAUUACAAAAUAUGUAAAAGAAAAUGUUACAAAAGUUAUUAAACUACCUUCAAAACAAAUAUAGAAUAAUUUGAUAAUGUUGAACAAUUAAAGUUGUAAAACAGGUUUAUAAUAGCACAAUACUCUAUAUAGAUAAAUGUAAUGUAUAAAACACUAAGAAAUGUUAACAUAAUAAUGAAUUUUAAUUAUCUAUAUCUAAAGUCAAAAAAUUAAAAUUCUUUGUAAAUUCUAAUUCUUCAGUAUCAUAUGAUGGUUCAUUAUCACGUUCCCAAAAAAAAUUUUCUAGGUCUUUGAGCUUUUCAUUGGGAAAUAUGUGAAGUGCCAUAUCAUUGAAUACAUCAUCAUACAUAAAUUCAUUACAAAAUGUCUUUUCCAUGACAACGUGUGGAGAUAUUUUGUUUAUAUAAUAAGCAAUUUUAUUUACAAUUUUGUUUGGUGUUAAAGUUAUUGUAUCAUCAAUGCAAUUACAAAAAAUUACACAUUUAGUUAGUAUAACCUUUUCCCAAUUAAUCCAUAAUAGAUUAUUAAGUAAAUGUUUUGGACAAUGUGGCAAAAAAACAAAUGUACCAGGUAACAAACUUCGUUUUCCUUCUUCGUUCUGACUAAUGGGUUCAAAACCAUUUUCAGCUAAAAUCUGGAGUUCAGUGUCCGUAAAUUUAGGAUCAUAAAUAUGACAGUCUUUUAUUUUAAACACAUUUUUAAUGGCUAAAAGCAAACCCAAUUGAUAUCUAGAUUGUAAACUCUCCAAGAAAUUUCCUAAUCCAUAACACAAUAUUGCUGAUGGAUUUGAUUCAACAUAUACUUCAUUAAGUUUGGCUAAUAAAUUAGUCCAGAACAGAGAAAUAGUAACGGCAUUUGUACAUUCUUCUAUGCUCCUAAAAAAUAAUGUAAUAGA